AUGUUGGUCGCUUUCUCGCUGCUGGCCAUCUCGCUGUCAUUUCUGUUCUUGAAGCAUCCGCCUUCGUCAUGGCGCGCCUAUGUCCGCCAAACCGCACCCCCACCCGCUGAACGCAAGCCGUCUCAACCCACCGCAAAUCAAGAAGAGCCCGCCGCCGACCCGCCGCCACAAACGGAUAAUCACAAACAGAGGCGGGCAAGCAGCAGUCCAUCACCCGAAGGCACACCAAGAGCUACACCGAGCGACAGUGCAAAUGGCGCCGUCCCGACGUUUACGCUUGCGGCGCACGAGAGCUCUGAUGAAGACGAAGAAGACAGCCUUCCACCGCCCUCUUUCCCAGCGCUGAACUCGGCUCAAAGGGCAUCUGCACCUUCUCCAGCGAUAGCUAUGCGUCCCCCCACCGAAGUGUUAUUGUCGCCCGGGCACUCACCGCUGGACUGGGCGAACCUGCAGCGCUCGGGGACUAACAUGGCCGGAGUACCUUCGCUUCUCCGGGUUACACCCGCUAUGCUCAAAGAAAACAACGGCCGGAAAGGCAGACCGGCGUGGUCGAGUUACGAAGGCAAAGUCUACAACAUUACACCCUAUCUGCCCUUUCACCCGGGAGGCGAAGGCGAAUUGCGGAGAGCCGCAGGAAAAGAUGGGAGGAAGCUGUUCAUGGAAGUACACCCGUGGGUGAAUUGGGAUAAUAUGCUCGGCGAGUGCCUGGUUGGCAUCAUGGUGACUCAAGAGCAGGCGCUCCCGACGAGCAGUCUGGAGGACAUGGAUUGA